UUGGCACACCGCUCACUUCGAACGUAGCAAAAACCUCGAGAAUCUCAACUUUCUCAAAACAACACUCACCCGUUCGUUGUCAACAAAUAAUGACAAAUUUCUUUGGGAAAACGUGAGUGAAUUUUUUGACAAAAAAGAUAACUAUUUUUGGAUAAGCUCAUUAGAAUAUUUGAGGAUCAAGAUCACAAGGCAUACAGAUAUUUAAUCAAGAUGGAGUGGCUGUUCGGACGCAGGAUGACCCCAGAGGAAAUGCUUCGAAAAAAUAAAAGAGCGCUGGAUAAGGCGGUUCGCGAUCUGGACAGGGAACGACAACGAAUGGAGCAACAGGAGAAAAAGAUAAUUGCCGACAUUAAAAAGAUGGCGAAAGAAAAUCAAAUGGAUGCUGUCAAAAUUAUGGCAAAGGAUUUGGUCCGAACUCGUCAUCACGCCAAGAAAUUCAUGUUGAUGCGAGCCAACAUUCAAGCCGUGUCGAUGAAGAUUCAGACAUUGCGGUCACAAAAUGCUAUGGCGGAGGCGAUGAAGGGUGUCACUCGAGCAAUGCAGAGUAUGAAUAGACAAUUGAAACUUCCCCAAAUUCAAAAGAUUUUACAAGAGUUUGAAAAGCAAUCCGAAAUCAUGGACAUGAAGGAGGAAAUGAUGAAUGAUGCUAUGGACGAUGCGUUGGGUGGCGAAGAAGACGAAGAUGAAAGCGAUGCCAUUGUGUCCCAAGUUUUGGAUGAAUUAGGACUUCAACUCAAGGACCAAUUAUCCUCCCUUCCUGCAGCUUCUGGAGGUUUGAAAAAUCCAGCAGCGAAAGAGCCAGUUGCAGCUGCACUAAGCGACACCGACGCAGACCUUCAAGCCCGAUUAGACAACCUCCGAAGAGAAUAGCGGACUGUGCUGUAAUAAUAAUGAUAUGAUACAAUAAUAAUAUCUUAAAUAUUUUCUACUCCUUACGAGACCAGAUCCUACCUAAGUCGUGCAUAUUCAAAUUUGCAGUUAUAUGCAAGCAAUUUUAACACUUUAUAUGUACGCAUGUGAUGGAUUUCUAAACGCAAACUUUAUACUACUACUCUUCACGUUACUCUAAAAAAUAAAUUGAAGUGUGUACGUGUACUUUUUGAAAAAGUUGUUUGUAUAGAAUUAACGACGGAUUGUAUAUUAAGGUAUAUAUUAUACAUUAUCAUAUUGUGAACUACGCCAUUAUUUGUAUUAUUAAUAAUUAUAUAUUUCAGUCAGUUAGUGUAUCAUUUUUUCAUGGGAUACUAACUUAGAGAAAAUGUGAUUUUUAUAAAUGCCUACGACACUAAAGUACAGAGGUAAAUUAAACGUCAAAUAAAUGGAAAGUAUCACCCGCCUCGUUAUAACGUA